AAUUAUUUUAACAGUUAUUUUUAAGCCAGGUUUAUGGUGCUGCAGUAUCUGUUCUAAUGGGGAGUGUUAGAUUAUAUAGAGGCACCUUUAUCAUAUUUCGGAUCAGUUUCAUUCAUAGUCAGAAGAACUUCUAAUUUCUGGAGUUAACGAAGAAGUCAGAGAGUUUCUCUGCGUCUCAAUUACAUUGACGCAGCACAAAGCGCUAAUCUGGAGUUCGGCCCCUAUGCAAGUAACUUGUAUCGAUGUAUUGGGUUCUUUAGCUCGGAUAACUAUAUAUAUUAUAUAUUUCGCUCCUUUAUCUUAAAGGCGGUGUUUUUAUGAGCGUUGCCAAUGUUUAGGAAAGCAAGUAAUUCUUCAUUGGUCAACGCUCUAUCAUUCUGUUACGAAUAGGAUUCUCGCCUAUGUUAUGUUAGACGCUGUACUUAGUAUUACUCAUUCAAACGUAGUAGAGUAAACGUCUAACCGCCUUUAAGGUAAUUCGCAUUCUGUCAUUGCCCGGUCUCAUCUAUUUUAUACCUACUAUAUCAAUUCUACAGUCCUCUUUCCCUUCCUUAUUGUAACUAUUUUAUAAAUUGCGAAUAUCGGGCGGCUCGGCGUGUUCUUUAUUUCUUCUUUCCUUAAUUUUCUGAGUUUGAAAAUUUUAAUUCGAGAAUCGACAGCAACAAAGGAGAAUACUACGAACUACUGAUCGAUAGUCAAUAUCAAAUCUCCAGAGUGAAGCGUAGAACGAGUUUUGAGGAAAGCUUUAUUUCAACUUGGAUAAGAAUAACCGGAUAGCGAGGACAUAGAGGAUCAAGAAGUGAAUCGAGAUGCCUAAUAAAAAGAAAACGCAAAUUAAACCGAGAACUUUUUGCGACAGAUGCCACCGGGUAGGACAUCUCACACGAGAUUGUUUCACGCUUAUGUGCGACUACUGUAAAAGAACAGGACAUGAUAUGAUGGAUUGUAGAUCCUUUGAGAGAGAUAAAAAAUACAUAAUAGAUUCAGCUAGGCAGCGUUACAGAAAAAAUUUUGCAAAUGCUGGUCCACAACCUGAGGGCCAACCUGGUACCAGCAGCGAAAUCAGUACAGAAAUGCAAACCCUAUCAACUGUAGGAGCUUACCGUGAAUAUUUAACAUCUCCUUAUAAAGAUAUUAUCGAGAUCUCAACCCCAGAAUUGAAAGGUGAAAAAGCAAAGAUGAUGGUUUCUAAAAACUGUCCAAUUACAAUGAUAAAAAUAAGUAGGUUAAAGGACGAUGUGACUGCUGCUAAAGAAGUCCUCACUUUAAAGGAUGGAUUCGGUGCUCAGAUUCAAACCAUAUGUGUAAUAUGCUUAAGUAUACACGUAAAUAACAAGACUGUACUACAUCCUUGUCGAGUAAUUUCUGAUGACUUUUACGUAGAGACAGAUGGCAUAUUCGGCUGCGAUUUUAUCGGCAGAGCAAAAAUCAAGGAUGGGAAACAUGUAGAAUUAGCUGGAGUACGAAUACGAUUCAUCCCUAACGAACAUGUACGCGGAGUACUAAGAGUUAAUGAACUAGUGGAUGUUCCAAACGAGGGCUCAGAUUCAGAGACACUAACAGGAUCAAGUAACGAAUUAAAUUCUUAAAUCAGGUAUUUCUCUCGCGUUAUAAUUUACCAAAUAAUAAUAUUAGCCAAAUGAGGUAGGUUAUAGUCUCUAAUAGCUGAAUUUUUUAAUUUUAUAUAGUAAAUGACAAUCUGUCAGAAUUCUAUUUAUAACGUUUUAUUCUAUGUUACUUAUUCUGCUAAACUUAUACCGUUUUCUGAAGAAUUAAUUAAAACAUUCACUUUUAUCUUAUGACAUACGGAUAUGUACUCGAGGAGAAAUGAAGGUUAUCAUUUCUUUUGCAAUAUUUCGACUUUUCAAAACCGUUAUAUAGAUCACAACGGACGUGCAAGCACUUCGGAUGCCAUAUUAUUACAGCAGAAUUGAAUUUAAUGAAAUAAUAUUUAAAAAUGUAAUUCAAUUAUCCGUUCAAUUAUAUAUAUCAUAAGUUAUACGCGAAAACCUAACAUUAUUGAUAUUUAACGGUAUAAUAUUGAUAGAAGUACGUUAAUCUGAUACAUAUUUCGAUUUAUGUAAUAUUUAAACCAGCGCAAUUAUCUGUUAUUUGCAAACACUGCGUGACACAAGUACAAGACUGUUAUAAUUCCGACUGAAGGAAAAUAUAUCAUUUUAAUAACAAAAUUCACAAUAUAGAUUAAUACACAUCUAAAUAUAAUUUAACGUUAGCAGAUUUUCCUGAAAAUACAUAUACAAAUGUAAACUAAUUUAAAAAAGUCAGAUGAUGCAUGAUCAAUUAGCAAACGCUUAACAGAGUUAAAAACAUACAUUUUUGAAAAAGAUAGUACUGCCCCUGCAUAAUUUUAUUACAUAGUAGUUUUACUUAUUUGACUUAUUGUUAUAAGGAUAGCAAUAAUUAUCAUUCAUUCAGCGAAAAGAAUGAUAUGAAUAAGUAAACUGCGAACGUUUAUGUACGAAAAAUGUGAAUAUGUAAAAUUGUAGAUCAACGUAAAAAAUAUCUAAAGUAAGGUAGUCGUUAUAUUUUUUAUAUUUUAAUAUUUUGGAAAGUAAAUCAAAUCUCUAUUUAGAUCUCAGGUAUUUCUUAGUUGCAUUUACAAACAUAUAAACAUGCAUAAACAUUUGUAG